UCCUACAGAAGAUGUUUUGAUGAAUGAGAGGAAAAUUUGGAUUUUUCAUGCAGCUUUUGAGUUAGAUUUUCGUUUUCCUAAUUGGAUGAGAGCAGAAGUACUUUAUUCAGGUAAUUCCUAAAGAUUUCACUGAGCACCCAUAAAGACUAGAUUGUGGGAGACGAAAUGAAAAAAAUCUAUCGUACAAUUUGACACCUAAUAAUCGUAUACCUGUUGUUUAAACUCACGCACCAAAUUUGCAUGUUAAUAUAUAGAACAAAGAAACCACGGAAUACUGACUCCAACGCAUAGAGGAAACAUUCCCCGUGAUACACGAACGUUCGUACACUCUUAUCGUCUGAUAGUUAUCUUGAUUAGGAACUCUCGUUCGGAAAUAAUCCAUGGAGUUUCGUCUUCAACAGGGAUUCAAGAUUACAACAAAGAAGAAAAUGCCACUGUUUUUCAUAUUGCUGCUGUGUUUGCUCAGCGUCUCCGUAGCCAAAGAAGAAAAAGAGUGCGACAUUUGGCCUAAAGGGAAUUCAACAGCUGUCGAAAAAAUUAACCAAGGCUGCACUACUGUUGUAUCGACGCUAUGUAACAACGCAACAGACCAUGUAACUAGCGUGCGUCUUUCCAAUAACAAAAUCGAACACUUAAAUGCAACCACGUUUGCUUGUUUUGAGAACCUCAAAGAACUAGUUCUCGACGGAAACCUCAUCUCUGACAUUCCUCCAGGAGCAUUUUCCGGUAAUGCCGCUUUAGAAGACUUGAAUCUUGAAUACAACAAACUAAGAAAUAUUUCUGCUGGAGCUUUUAAAGGACUUCAUUCAAUGAAACGUUUAUAUCUGAGCAGUAAUUCAAUCACGAAGAUUGAAGAGAGCUCGUUUUCCGGACUCAAGACGCUGACGGACUUACAUUUGAACCACAAUUCAAUCACGAGAAUUGAAAAGAACUCGUUUUCCAAGCUCAAGAAGCUGAAGAAAUUAUAUAUGCAAAACAAUGGCCUCAAGUACAUCGCUCCUGGUGCCUUCGACGGGCUUGAUUUGAUUGAUUUGCGCCUGCAAGAUAACAACCUCGAGGAAGUACCUGCGUUUCAAAAGCCUUCAAAAAUUACUACCCUAGAUUUGUCCUCAAACCCAAUCAUGAAACUUGAUGCCAAAGCGCUGGGACUGCAUUAUGAACUCGUCAGUCUAUAUUUGUCCCAAACAAGGAUUACGACCCUGGAGAACAGAGUUUUUGUCAAUAACACCCGACUUAAAACCUUAAGGUUCAUAGGAGAAAAUCUGAAAGAAAUACGUCCGGAGGCUUUCAAAGGACCACAGCUCAUAGAGUUAAAUUUGCAAGAAACUGGGAUCAAAUAUCUGCCAGGUGAUGGGCUUAAGUACUUGAAAUAUCUCACAAUCAAAGGAGCACGGAAGCUAUGGGAAAUACCAAUCGUCCAUUUUGACAACCUAGACACAGCAAGUGUGGAAUACGCCUUUCAUUGCUGUCUCAUAAAGACUAAACGUGACUCGCGUAACGUGAUGGCCACUAAAUCGAGUGUUUUAUCGUCUCCUACCGUCAAGACGUGUAAUGUGACAGCUAAUAGAACGACAACUACAGCACGUCCAACCACGACAGAUCCCUUUGGUGGUAUCGUCGGACCAAAACGCAACAACACGGAAAUUCCAACUGAAUCAUGCUACGAUGGGACCAAAGAUGUUAACACUCGCCCGACAGGGUCGACGGAUGCACCGUUUACUUGCGUUUCAGAGCAAAAAAAUGACACGUUCAACCCGUGCGGUGAUUUACUGGCGACGAACGCGUUGCGCGUUUCUUCCUGGGUGGUGCUGGUCCUCGCUCUCUUCGGGAACUCGUUCAAACUAUUUGUUCUGUUGCUGAGUAAACGCAAAAUCUCCAUCACCAGGAUCCUGAUGUGUAACCUGGCUUUUGCAAACCUCUGCAUGGCUGUGUUUUUGUUGAUGAUCAUAAGCGCCGAUAUGUAUUCCUUGGGCGAAUACCAAAACUUCGCUAUGCGAUGGCAGUUCGGAACUGGUUGCAAAAUCGCCGGAUUUGUAUCGAUUUUCUCCACAGAGCUCUCUGUCUUUGUGUUGACGAUCAUCACUGUGGAGAGAUACUUCACCAUCGUCCAUCCUCUUAAGGUUAACAAACAUUUGAAUACGAAGCAGGUUAUUAUACUCAUAGGGGUGGGGUGGACGUUUUCUUUGACAAUGGCAAUCCUGCCGCUGGUAGGGGUAAGUAGUUAUCAACAGGUGGCAAUAUGUCUUCCAUUUGAUGUGAAAAACACUCUGUCAAAAGUUUACGUUACGUUUCUUUUAUCAACGAAUGGAAUGGCGUUUUUCUUCGUGCUGUUUUGUUACGGUAGAAUGUACUGCAGUCUCGGAGGAUCUGUGCCAGGCGCGUGCGUGGACCGUGUGGAGAGUCGCGUUGCCCGAAGAAUGGCGAUGCUUGUGAUUACAAACUUCGCAUGCUGGUUUCCAAUUGCACUUGUCAGUCUUGUAGCUGUUUAUGGAACAACUUUGAUAGAUUUGAAAACGGCGCAGUUUUUCUUGAUCUUCGUUUACCCAAUCAACUCCUUCACAAACCCUUAUCUCUACGCCAUAGGAACGAAACACUUCCAGAUGGACGCACUGGAAAUCAUAAACCGUCUUGGUAUUUGUAAGUCAGCGGUAGAAAAAUUAAGCGGUAAGCUACGAGAUCAACUUGAGACGUUACCGAACUCGUCCCGAGGAGUUACCGGAAGUAAAAUAAGUCUCAGCUCCUCUCGGUCACCGCACCAUUCGCCUGGAGUAUCGCCAAAGAGCAGUUUUCGUAACGAGGGCCGUCAUAGCUCUUACAGAAGCCGCAACGAGAGUAUGAGAAGUAACAGUAGCAACGUCUGUUCCAACUCAUCGAGAGAAAGCCAAACUUGUUUACCGUGUAAUUUUUUAACAAUUCCAUUGAUUUAUAGGAAAAGCUAUGACCAGGACCGAGAUAAAAAGACAGCAGACUCCAGGUCAAGUGUUAAUAUGAAGAACAAUGCAAUCGAAAGGACUUCCUUCCAGUCGCAAAACUCUGAUUCUGAACAGGAUAAGAUUUCCGCGCGUAGACAAUCCGCCAAAGAAGUUGUUCUGGAUGGGCAGAUUGCCUAUCAUUUGAAUAGAGCAGCGUGUAAAAACAAGGACAGUGAUGAUGUAGAGGCGCUGAUGUCUCUCGAGUCUGACACAAGCGAUGUUAAUAAAAACACAGAAGACACAAAGGACCACCUUUACUCGCAGAUGCCAGUUGUCAUGGUGACGACCUGUUAAUGUUGCUACUGAUAGUGAUAUUAAAUUCAGGGGACACACUUGGGAUAAGAAAAAGUGCGCCCUUCAAAGAUAGGACCAUUAUUGUUUUUCGGUUGAGACUAGAGGCCGAAUAAGAUAGCGUAAAUGGAUCAAUAUCAGUAUCUGGGCAACUGCCCACCUACCCCUCCCCUAACUCAACAACAGUCACUUGACAACAAGUUAAGGCUAAUGUUGGGUUAGGGGAGGGGUAGGUGGGCAGUUGCCCAGAUACUGAUAUUGAUCCGCGUAAAUCUCGUUCCAAGGCUCUUCUCUUGCCCCUCCUAGUACGAAGUCGAGAUGGUGGUGGCACAAAAUCUCCUCUUUCACUGAAUUUUCCAAACGCUUAUUGACAAAGAGACAUUGAUAAUAUCAAAAGAAGUUAUCCCGCCCCCUCUACCAUGAACAAAUACAACUUCAACAAUAACAAAUCUUCAGAAAAAAAAUUAUAGUGAAUAUAAUUUAAAUUGUAAAUAAGAGUUUAAAAUAAACGCUCUGUUUU